CAUGCGCAAUACCAUCAACCGGCAUAUAUAGUUUAUGGUCAAUGACAGUUCUUGGGUGUGUGAUAAGUUUCUUUUUUUUUGUAAAUAAUUAAAUUUGGUAAUUAUAAACUUAUGAAGGCGUUAUAACUGUCAGUUAAAAUGAUGGCGGAAUAUCAAUAACAUCGAACAUUACUAACGAGAGAGUAUCGUCGAGUGAAAUAGGUACCGGAUCCUGUGGAGUAUCAUCGGGCGUAGGCAGUGAUUCCGAAAUCAUGGCCGAAUUAGCAGCACUUUUACGUCAAGAAAUUCCUGAGGGUCGUGGAAGUCUUGCUGACAGUCAUACAAAUUUAGAGCGUGUCGCUGAAUAUUGUGAAGCAAAUUAUUUUCAAGCUGAAAAUAAAAGAAUUGCAUUAGAGGAAACAAAAAAUUAUACAACACAAUCACUUGCCAGUGUUGCCUAUCAAAUAAAUACACUUGCCUAUAAUUUUCUUCAAUUACUUGAUUUACAAACAUCACAACUUGACGAGAUGGAAAGUCAAAUGAAUCAUAUUGCUCAAACAGUUAUGAUACAUAAGGAAAAAGUUGCCAGAAGGGAAAUUGGUGUUCUCACUGCAAAUAAAAUGACAAGUCGUCAAUAUAAAAUUAUUGCUCCAGCUAAUCCUGAGAAGCCAAUUAAAUAUGUGAGAAAAAGCAUUGAUUAUACAAUUCUCGAUGAAAUUGGUCAUGGAGUACGUGGUGGAGGAACACCGAGAAGUAAACAAAGAGGAGGUAGUCAGGGUAGUGUUCAAAGUUUAGGUGUUGCUUCCCAAAGUUCCGCUUUGGCUGCUACAAUUGUUGGUCCAGCACCAACAACUAAACCACCAACACCACCUCAAAGUGUCCGAACAGGAACAUUGAGUAAAGGUUCUCGAGAAUAUAGAACACCACCGGCAGUGGCACCACCACAGGUACCAAGUCAUUAUGCACCGAAUUAUCCAUUGGGACAUCCAAGACGAGAACGUGGUCCAGGAUACAGUACAUUGCCAUUGCAUUCUCAUACAACUCAACAUCAGACACUUAUUACUAAUCACAAUACAAUGAUAAAUCCAGGGAAUCAACAUACUUCUCCACCACAAGUUGGAACCGUUCAUCCUUUACAGAGUCAUCCACAAACUCCACCGCCGGCUCCUCCUAGUGUAACUGGUUCCACAAAUUACAUACAAAUUCAGGAUCAACACAAUGGCAUGCCUCAAACGAGUUCACGUCCUAAUUGGCCAUCAAUGGGUACUACAGUAAGAUUUAAAGCACCACCUUCGCCAUUAGUGGGAAUGAAUUCCGAUGUUGGUGAUUACACUGGACAUCAUACACUGCCACAUAGAUUGUCACAUCAAGUGAGUCGCAGUAGUGGUGCUAACAGUCCGCCUCUUCCUCCGCCGCCGCCUCCAGAAAAUGAAGAACAUUCUCAAUUUGGAAGACCACCACAAUCAAGUGGAGCUAUUAUGCCUAUUGUGCCAGACGAGGAGGAUUUACCUGGAUGGGUGCCAAAGAAUUACAUAGAAAAAGUUGUGGCAAUUUACGAUUACUAUGCCGACAAAGAAGAUGAAUUGAGCUUCCAAGAGAGUUCGGUGAUUUACGUUUUGAAGAAAAACGAUGACGGUUGGUGGGAGGGAGUUAUGGAUGGAAUAACAGGCUUAUUCCCUGGAAACUAUGUCGAACCAUGCGUUUAAGAGAAAAAAAAAUUUAUUUUUUUUCUUAUAUUUGCCCUAUAAUGAAGCUCGAUUUAGAUUAAUUUCAAAUUUUCACAUUUUCCUAUUAUACUUUAUAUUAAAGGAACGUGUUUUAUUUAUAGAAGAAAAAAUGCCGACUAUAUUAUUUGUCGCUAAAAGAAUUUUUAGAAAACUUCCCUUUUUUUCAAUUUAGAUUAAAAAAAAUAAAGCAGAACUAAUUCUGUAAUAAUUUUUAAACUAUAAUAUCUAUAUGUACGUAUAUAUGUAUAACUGAUAACACAGUCCCUGAAUAACUUCCAUUUAUAGAAACAUAAAAUUCAAAGACUAAGAAUUUCUACAAGUUUUUGAAGAUUUCCAUUUUUAUCAAACUAUAGUUAAAGGGAUUAUUUAUAUUUAUAAUUAGUAAUAUUUUUUCACUUUGGAAUGAAAUGAAAACAGAAAGAAAAUUGUAUUUCUAAGCAUUUAUUUGUCAUAUUUAGAGACAUGUUGUCUUGUUUCAGUAAUCAACUUUUUUAAAAGCGAUUUCAAUAAAAAUUAGUUUAAAAAAAUA